GCUGCCGUUUUUUUUUGUUGCGAGAUUUGCUGCUGAUAUUUUCUAGUUAAUUGUUGGUGGGAUAAAGCACGGGGAGGAAACUGAAAGGGAAGGAGCUCGAAUUCUGUGGGGUGUCUUUUUUUUUACCCUUUAAAAUCUCUAAAAUCUGAAAAAAAAGCAUGGCUUCGGGCGACACUUUAUACAUCGCCGCGGACGGCUCGGAGAUGCCGGCCGAGAUCGUGGAGCUCCACGAGAUCGAAGUGGAGACGAUCCCGGUGGAAACGAUCGAGACCACGGUGGUGGAAGGCGAUGUGCACCAGCCCAUGAUCGCCCUGCAGCCUCUCAGCGACGACCCGAGCCAGGUCCACCAGGAGGUGAUCCUGGUGCAGACGCGGGAAGAGGUGGUCGGGGACGACGCCGAGCUGAGGGCCGAGGAUGGCUACGAAGACCAGAUCCUGAUCCCGGUGCCGUCGGCGGGCGCCGAGGAGGAGUUCAUCGAACAGACUCUGGUGACGGCCGUCUCCGGCAAGAGCCGCAUCAAGAAAGGGGCCGGUAAGAAGGCCACCAAGAAGAGCUACCUGAACGACGGGGGGCUGGACAGGACCGGCAGGAAAUGGGAGCAGAAGCAAGUGCAGAUCAAGACCCUGGAGGGGGAAUUUUCGGUGACAAUGUGGGCUUCGGAUGAUAAGAAAACUGAUAUUGACCAUGAAACUGUGGUGGAGGAACAAAUCAUUGGAGAAAAUUCUCCACCCGAUUACUCUGAAUACAUGACUGGCAAGAAACUUCCCCCUGGUGGGAUACCUGGUAUUGAUCUCUCUGACCCAAAGCAGCUGGCAGAAUUUGCAAGGAUGAAGCCAAGAAAGCAGAAAGAAGAUGAUGCACCUAGAACCAUAGCAUGUCCUCACAAAGGUUGCACGAAAAUGUUUAGAGAUAACUCUGCCAUGAGAAAGCAUUUGCAUACCCACGGCCCCCGAGUACAUGUUUGUGCUGAGUGCGGAAAAGCUUUUGUGGAGAGUUCAAAACUGAAGCGACAUCAGCUUGUUCAUACUGGUGAAAAACCAUUCCAGUGUACGUUUGAAGGAUGUGGAAAGCGCUUCUCACUGGACUUCAAUUUACGCACUCAUGUGCGAAUCCAUACUGGAGACAGGCCCUAUGUUUGUCCUUUUGAUGGAUGUAACAAGAAGUUUGCCCAGUCAACUAAUCUGAAGUCUCACAUCUUAACACAUGCCAAGGCCAAAAACAACCAAUAGAUUUCUCCAGGAGGGAAGAACCUUGUCCUUAACAGGGCAUUAUAUGACCAUAUUUGGGCAUAAUGUUGACCUUCCCUUUGUAUAUUUCUAGAGAAGAAUUUUAAAUAACUCUUGCAUAAUAAAAAAAAGACUUGUUUUGAUAAAGUAGUCAAAAAGUUGGAGAUGAUGAUGCUAGGAUGCUCUUCCUGUUUUUGUCCUGUUUUCCUGUUUCAAUAACACCUAGGUGUUUUCUAACCAACACAUUUACUCGGGGGGGAGAAGAUGCCCUGAUGAACUUGCAUUUAUCAAACGUCUACCUGACAGUGCUAAAAAUUGGACUUACUUCAGCAUUCGUAUAUAUAUAUAUAUGAGACACUCUCUCCCAGUGCUUAGAGCAAUUCACAUUUUUAAUUUUGUAUUUUCCAGGUGUGCAUAUUGUACACUCAUUUGGAUAUGCUAGUAAUGCAGAUGCUAUGUGAUUUUUUUGAAAUUUGAAUUUUUUGCUUGCAAUAGUUUCUUCAGAAUCAUAGAGUUGGCAGUAACUGUACUACAUGCAUAUUUCAGAGUUAUUUCCUGUAUAAAGUUUUGAGAUUUUUUUGUUUGCAAUCUUAAUUUGGUUGUAUUCUUUGAUGUUAACUCAUUUUGUAUAAUUGUAUUGUAUACUGUAAUGAAAUCAUGUAGUAUAAAAAUUAUAGUACCGUGAUUCAAUGGUGUUAAUCAACUUAAAACCGUUUUAGUCACACUGUUUAUUUUUUGAAAUGUACUGCCGGAUGCUAAAGUCUAAUGUAAUUUCUAUUAGAGCCUGUUUUCAGUUGUGUUAUGCAAAAAAAAAAGCAAUGCUCGGUUCCAUUAGUAGAUGUAUUGUGCAGGCACUGACCUUUUAUUAACACCUGUUAAUAUGUACAUCCCAUGUACUAGAUAAAGGCCAACAAUAAAGUUGUGGUCCUGAAGCAAGCACUUGUUAGAAAGUGAUUUGCAGAGCAUUGUGAUUCUCCUACUUUAAAUCUAACAUGAGAAGCUGUUUUUCAUUAAAUAAUCUGUAAGAAAAUGUAAACAGGACAUACCUAUAGUAAGAAUUUGUGUGUAGAACACUAAUGGAGAUUAUAGUUUCCUGUGCAACUUAAUCCUGAUCUUACUUAGCUUAUCCACUUUGCUGCAAAUGUUGGAGUGUUUUUGAAAUUCUCAAACACUGGUAACUAUAUUCGGGUGGAAAAGGUGUGACUCCAGGUGAAACUCCUCUGUGCGGUUGAAAUUGUAAGUGCUGUAGGUUGACUUUGAAAAUAAAUUGUUUCUGUUUUUAA